AUGUUCGAGUUCGAGGGUGUGGCCCCGCCCUGCGCGCCACUAGGAGAGCAGAACGCGCGAGAAGCGAGCGCGCAACAGUGUGAGCGAGACGGAGUCACGAUGCUCCGCUCACCGCAUCACCCUACCGCCGCGCGGUCAAACAUAGUGAAAGACAAUGAGAACAUGACACAAACGCAUCGCGCGAUUGCCCAUAUAAGGAAACUACAAGCAAACGUGGCGCCGAGCGUGCCGCUACAUAAUAAAUUCAGUCUAUUGGACGGUAUGGAGAACGAUACACCAGCGGCAGAACAAUGUAGCGUAGCAACUAAUUUAAAUAACAUAAGCACAGAGGAUAAUACUGCAUCAGAUGCUAUGAACAAAGGGAAAAGACCGCGACCUAGUUCGUCGAAUGAGGACAACAGGGUGGUCCAAAAAAGGAAAGAAUUAAGAAGACACACAUCCCGGUCAUAA